AAGCGCGUUCCUGUCCAACCAAGCCGCCAGACUUGGAUCCCUCCCUCCUUCCCUCCCUCUUAAAAUCUCUCAAAACCACUACACCCUCCUCUGCACAAUCUCACUUCUACUCUCACUCCUCUCUCAUUUCUCCUCACAAACCCGACCCGACAAUGGCGUCCGAGACCGACACCACCAGAUCCGGAUCCACCCCAAACGGCUCCGCCCCGGAUCCGCCGGAGCCCCGCAAGGUCGCGCUCAUCACCGGCAUCACUGGCCAGGACGGCUCCUACCUCACCGAAUUCCUCCUCAACAAAGGCUACGACGUCCACGGCCUGAUCCGACGGUCCUCCAAUUUCAACACCCAGCGCAUCAACCACAUCUACAUCGACCCCCACAACGCCCACAAGGCCCGCAUGAAGCUCCACUACGCCGACCUCACCGAUGCGUCGUCGCUCCGCCGUUGGAUCGACACCAUCGCCCCCAACGAGGUCUACAACCUCGCUGCCCAAUCGCACGUCGCCGUUUCGUUCGAGAUCCCCGAUUACACUGCGGAUGUCGUCGCCACCGGCGCCCUCCGCCUCCUCGAGGCCGUCCGCUCCCACAUCGCCGCCACCGGACGCACAGACAUUAAAUACUACCAGGCCGGGUCGUCGGAGAUGUUCGGGGCGACCCCGCCUCCGCAAUCGGAGACGACGCCGUUUCACCCCCGAUCCCCCUACGCUGUUUCGAAAUGCGCGGCGCAUUGGUACACGGUCAACUAUCGCGAGGCCUACGGACUGUUCGCGUGUAAUGGGAUACUGUUCAACCACGAGUCGCCGAGGAGGGGGGAGAAUUUCGUGACCCGGAAGAUCACUCGGGCCGUGGGUCGGAUCAAGGUCGGGUUGCAGAGCAAGUUGUUCUUGGGGAACUUGCAGGCGUCAAGGGAUUGGGGUUUUGCCGGUGACUACGUGGAGGCGAUGUGGAUGAUGCUGCAGCAGGAGAAGCCCGGCGACUACGUGGUGGCGACGGAGGAGUCGCAUACGGUGGAGGAGUUCUUGGAGGCGUCGUUUGGGUAUGUGGGUUUGAAUUGGAGGGAUCAUGUGCUGAUUGACAAGAGGUACUUGCGGCCAUCAGAGGUCGAUAAUCUGAAAGGGGAUGCUACAAAGGCUAAGAAGGAGCUUGGGUGGAAGCCCAAGGUUGGUUUUCAGCAGCUGGUGAAGAUGAUGGUGGAUGAAGACGUUGAAUUGGCCAAGAGGGAGAAGGUUCUCGUUGAUGCUGGGUACAUGGAUGCUCAGCAACAACCUUGAUUUCUCUGGUCUCAAUUUGGGUUGAAGUUUAUAUAAUGUGGCUUAGUUGAAUGGUUUUCUAGAGGUGAUAGAGUUUGGUAAUGGUUCCAGUAAUUUAUUGUUCAAUGUCCUCUGUCCUGAGGGUUGUUUUUUUAAAUUUUUCUGUAACUUCAUUCAUUCAAUUUCAGCAUUUCUAUACUUGAACUAUUGUUGCAGUUUA